UCCCUUUCCCCGCGACUUGCACCUAGAAACGUUCAUCCACUAUGGCUGGCGUGGACAUCUCAAAACCGAUUGCAUUUUGUGAACACCUUCAGCUCUCCAGUCUCGGUGUUCAGCCCGCUUCUAUCUCCUUCCAGACUCUCACACUCGAAUCCGACCACUUCAUCUGUAUACGUGAAAGCGUCAAUUCGCAAAACCAAGUCGUUAUCAUUGACCUUGCCGACGCGAACAAUGUACUUCGGCGCCCUAUCUCGGCGGAUUCUGCUAUCAUGCAUCCUCGUCAGAAGAUUCUGGCCUUGAAAGCUGCUCGAACCCUCCAAAUCUUCAACAUUGAAACCAAGCAGAAAGUCAAAUCCCACGUGAAUGAUGCAGACGUAGCUUUCUGGAAAUGGAUCAACGAGUCGACAAUAGGAAUCGUUACGGAGUCGUCAGUAUAUCACUGGACUAUCUCAGACCAAACAUCCCCUCCCCAGAAGAUUUUUGACCGCCAUGCGACGCUCUCGGGCACACAGAUCAUUAAUUACCGAGCCUCUUCAGAUGAGAAAUGGAUGGUUUUGAUCGGUAUAUCAGGCAAUUCGACUAACCCUUCAGCUUUCAAAGUGAAGGGGUCGAUGCAACUUUAUAGUCGUGAACGGGGUGUCAGCCAGCCUAUUGAAGGCCAUGCGGCAUCAUUUGCUGAAAUCAAGCUUGACGGACAUCAAAAGCCUACGAAGCUAUUCACCUUUGCGGUUCGCACGGCGACUGGGGCAAAACUACAUAUUGUCGAGAUAGAUCACACGGCUCCAGAUCCUCCUUUCACCAAGAAAGCGGUGGACGUUUACUUCCCCCCAGAGGCCACCAAUGAUUUCCCGGUCGCUAUGCAAGGCUCGCUAAAGCACGGUAUCAUCUACCUGGUUACAAAAUACGGGUUCAUACACCUCUAUGAUCUCGAAUCGGGAGCAUGUGUGUACAUGAAUCGCAUUUCUGGCGAGACAAUCUUCGUGACUGCCGAACACGAAGCAACCCACGGUAUCAUUGGUGUGAACAAAAAGGGCCAGGUCUUGAGCGUCAAUGUAGACGAGCAAACGAUUGUUCCCUACAUCCUCACGACUCUCAAUAACACCGAGCUUGCCUUCAAGAUGGCCAGCCGGGCUGAUCUUCCUGGUGCUGAUGAUCUCUACGUCAAGCAGUACCAGCAACUGUUCCAGAGCGGCCAGUAUAGUGAGGCCGCGAAGAUCGCUGCGAACUCGCCAAGGGGUAUCUUACGAACGGUCCAAGUCAUAGAAGCCUUCAAAUCAGCUCCAACCCCGCCAGGUGGUCUUUCUCCCAUCCUCCAGUACUUUGGCAUCCUCUUGGAAAAAGGUGAAUUAAAUCACCUGGAAUCACUGGAGCUUGCGCGCCCCGUUCUGCAACAGGGAAGGAAGCAGCUCUUGGAGAAAUGGCUCAAGGAGCACAAGCUUACCUGCAGCGAAGAAUUGGGUGAUAUUGUCCGCCUUCACGACAUGACAUUGGCCUUGAGCGUUUACUUGAGGGCCAACAUUCCCAACAAAGUCAUUGCUUGCUUUGCGGAAACCGGCCAGACCGAGAAGAUCAUCCUGUAUGCAAAGAAAGUUGGUUACAAUCCCGACUAUGUCGCUCUGUUGCAGCAUGUCAUGCGAGCUAAUCCAGAUAAAGGCGCUGAGUUUGCAUCUCAACUCGUUAAUGACGAGAUGGGGCCUUUGGUGGAUGUUGAAAGAGUGGUCGACAUCUUUAUGUCGCAGAAUAUGAUCCAACCUGCCACCUCUUUCUUACUUGACGCUCUCAAGGAGAACAAACCCGAGCAAGGACCACUCCAGACUCGUUUGCUCGAGAUGAACCUUAUGCAUGCCCCACAAGUCGCGGACGCCAUUCUCGGUAAUGAAAUGUUCACCCACUACGACCGUCCCAGAAUUGCGAACCUCUGUGAGAAGGCAGGACUUCUGCAGAGGGCCCUUGAGCACUAUGAAGAUCUUGCAGAUAUCAAGCGUGCUAUUGUUCAUGCCACAACGUUCCCAGUCGAUUGGCUUAUCAGCUAUUUCAGUCGUCUCACUACCGAGCAGUCUAUGUCCUGCUUGGACGAAAUGCUCAAAGUUAACAUUCGUCAGAACUUGCAAGUCGUCGUUCAAAUUGCCACCAAGUAUUCCGAGAUCCUAGGGCCCUUGAAACUGAUUGAGAUGUUUGAGCGAUUCAAGACUUUCGAAGGCCUUUACUAUUACUUGGGUUCUAUCGUCAAUCUCAGUACUGAUCCGGAAGUCCACUUUAAAUAUAUUCAAGCCGCUACCCGUACUGGACAGAUCCGAGAGGUUGAACGUAUCUGCCGCGAAAGCAACCACUACAGCCCAGAGAAGGUGAAGAACUUCCUGAAGGAGGCCAAGUUAUCCGACCAACUGCCUCUUAUCAUUGUCUGCGAUCGGUUCGAUUUCGUCCACGACUUGGUACUUUACCUCUAUCAAAACAAUCUCACCAAUUUCAUCGAAGUAUACGUCCAACGGGUCAACUCGAUUCGCACUCCACAAGUUGUCGGAGGUUUAUUGGAUGUCGACUGCGAUGAGUCCACGAUCAAAAGUCUGCUUGCGUCCGUUACGGGCAACUUCCCCAUCGACGAAUUGGUCGAUGAGGUUGAGCAACGAAAUAGAUUGAAAUUAAUUUUACCAUGGCUGGAAGCGCGUGUUCAGGCCGGUAGUCAAGAUUCAGCCGUGUUCAAUGCCAUUGCGAAAAUCUAUAUCGACAGCAACAAUAACCCUGAAGCAUUCUUGAAGGAGAAUAAUUUCUAUGAACCGCUCGUUGUCGGAAAAUUCUGCGAAGCCCGCGAUCCCUCCCUCGCAUUCAUCGCUUAUGCCAAAGGCCUCUGCGACGAGGAACUUAUUUCUCUCACGAACGAGAAUCAGAUGUUCAAGCAACAGGCAAGGUAUCUCGUCAAACGAAGGCAACCUGAAUUAUGGGCGCAAGUCCUCGUUCCCGACAACAUGCAUCGCAGACAGCUUAUCGAUCAGCUCGUUGCUACUGCACUCCCAGAAUGUACGAAUCCCGACGAUGUCUCCGUUACUGUUAAAGCUUUCCUCACCGCCGACUUACCCCUUGAACUCAUCGAAUUAUUGGAGAAGAUCAUCAUUGAACCUUCGCCGUUCAGUGAUAACAAGAAUCUUCAGAACCUCAUUCUUCUGACUGCUAUCCGAUCGGAUAAAGGGAAGGUCGUCGGCUACAUCAACAAGCUCCAGAAUUACGAUGUCGACGAGAUUGCUCGGAUCGCGACUGAGCACGGGUUGUAUGAGGAGGCUCUAACGAUCUACAAGAAGUAUGAGAAGCAUGGCAUGGCAAUCAACGUUCUCGUAGAGCAUAUCGUUUCAAUAGAUCGUGGUCUCGAUUAUGCCAACAAAGUCAACAAACCCGAGGUUUGGAGCAGACUUGCCAAGGCACAGCUCGAUGGGCUUCGAAUAAAAGACUCGAUAGAUUCUUACAUCAAAGCAGAGGAUCCUUCCAACUUCCCCGAAGUUAUCGAGAUCGCCAAUCGGGCUGGAAAGCACGACGAUCUUGUGCGCUUCCUACAGAUGGCCCGUAAAUCAAUGCGUGAACCCAAGAUCGACACGGAGCUGGCGUAUGCCUAUGCGAAGACCGACCGCCUCCACGACAUGGAGGACUUCCUCGGAAUGACCAAUGUGGCCGACAUCCUUCAAGUGGGAGAAAAAUGUUUCGAGGAUGAACUCUAUCAAGCUGCUAAACUUCUAUUCACAAGCAUCUCGAAUUGGGCCCGCUUGGCCACUACAUUGAUUUACCUUGGCGAGAAUCAAGCAGCUGUCGAAAGUGCUCGCAAGGCCGGAAACACACAGGUAUGGAAACAAGUACAUGCAGCGUGUAUUGAAAAGGAGGAGUUCCGCCUGGCUCAAAUUUGUGGUCUCAACAUAAUAGUCCACGCGGAAGAGCUCGCUGGCUUGAUUUCUAUCUACGAGCGUCGCGGAUACUUCGAAGCGGUGAUCAAUCUUUUGGAGGCUGGCUUGAGCUUGGAGCGUGCACACAUGGGUAUCUUUACUGAGCUUGCCAUUCUACUCAGCAAAUAUAAGCCCGCCAAAUUGAUGGAACAUCUCAAGCUCUUUGUCGCUCGCAUCAAUAUCCCGAAGGUCAUCAGAGCUACAGAGAAAGCACAUCUAUGGCCCGAACUCGUCUUCCUUUACAUCAAGUAUGAUGAAUUCGACAAUGCUGCGCUAGCUAUGAUCGAACGUUCCGCAGACGCUUGGGAGCAUAACCAGUUCAAAGAUACUAUUGUUCGAGCGGCCAAUGUCGAGAUCUACUAUAAGGCAUUGACCUUCUACCUCCAAGAACAGCCCACGCUGUUGACGGAUCUCCUCACCGUUCUUAUUCCACGAGUCGACCAUAGCCGUGUUGUCCGAACGUUCCGUCAAAUUGACCACAUUCCCUUGAUCAGGCCGUAUCUCAUUGCUGUACAACAUCUAAACAUUGAAGCCGUCAACGAUGCAUACAACGAUCUGCUGAUCGAGGAAGAAGACUACAAGACUCUUCGUGACAGUAUCGAUAGCUUUGAGAACUUCAACAACAUAGGUCUUGCCCAACGGCUGGAGAAGCAUGACCUCCUAGAAUUCCGACGCUUAGCUGCUCACUUGUACAAGAAAAACAAGCGCUGGGAAGAGUCUAUUGCACUGUCCAAACAGGACAAGCUGUAUAAGGACGCCAUAAUAACUGCAUCUGUUUCUGGGUCAACGGAGGUCGCUGAAGAGCUGCUGACAUAUUUUGUUGACAUUGGAAACCGGGAGUGUUUCGCAGCAAUGCUUUAUACCUGCUUUGACCUAUUGCGGUCAGACGUGAUCGAGGAGUUGUCAUGGCAGCACGGGCUCAACGAUUUCUAUAUGCCGUACAGAAUUCAAGUCCAACGAUCUCUGAUAGAAAAGCUGCAACAUUUAGAGAAAGAGGUCAGAGAGCACUCGAGAAGGGAUAAACAGAAGGAAGAAGCAGAGGAAAGCCAGCCGAUAAUAAAUCCUGGAGGUUUCGGCAACAGACUACUCUUGACGAACGGAUUUGGAGGACAAGCUAACGGGAUUCCUGCGGCCAUGACGGGCUUCGGCAGCUAUUGAUUACCUUACGAUGGACCAGCAUUCAUUUAAUAUUUUCUUCUCCUUUCGGAUUUCAUAGUGUAGUAACCCUGCCUGAUUUUCUUGCAAUCAAUUGACUGAUCAACAUCG